UCUAUUAUUUUUAAGUUUUUCCGAGGAACAUUUAAAUAUGGUCACUCAAACUAUCAGUGGGUGGAAGAAAAAUGUUCUGUUGCUGCUUAUAAAUACAAGUUUGGUAUUUACUGCUCCUGGACCAAUAAAAUUUACAAAUAGACAAUUGACAGCCAAUCCAAUCGGAAAAUACAAAAAUGGUGCAGUUUCAACAGUGGACGGCGAAUGCGCAAAAAUAGGCGUUCAAAUGCUAAAAAAAGGUGGAUCAGCAGUUGAUGGUGCCAUUGCAGUACUUAUUUGCGAAUGCGUCGUUUCAUCUCAUGCCAUGGGAAUGGGAGGAGGUUUUUCGAUGACAAUUUGGGACGGAAAAAAGAAAGAGGUCCAUUCUUUGGAUGCCAGGGAAACAGCAUCACGACACGCCACUGAAAAUAUGUUCCAAGGAAAUGCUGAAUUAGCUGAACUCGGUGGACUAGCCGUUGCCGUACCGGGUGAAGUGGCAGGAUAUUGGGAGGCGCAUAAGAAAUUUGGAAAAUUAGAUUGGGCAGAACUUUUUAAACCCUCGAUUGAUUUGUGUGAAAAAGGAUUUCGAGUUAAUCAUUUCUUGGCUUUUGGAAUUAAUGCUACUCAAAAUAAAAUAAGAGCCGAGCCAUCGAUGGCGGAAAUAUUCAUAAAUCCAGCAACUAAUCAACCUUAUCAGUUGGGAGACACAAUGAAAAGGCCUGUGUAUGGAAAGACCCUUAGACUAUUAUCAGCCUCAGACGGCAGUGGUGUGAAAGAUUUUUAUAAUGGCGAGAUGGCUAAAAAUAUGGUCAGAGAAAUUCAACAAAAAAAUGGAAUUAUCGAUCUUAAGGAUUUCGAAGAUUACAGAAUUUUAUGGAGAGCUCCAAUAAAAACAAAACUCAGAAAUGGAAUGACUGUCUAUUCGUCGCCACUUCCUGGAUCCGGAUCAAUUUUGGCAUUCAUACUGAAUGUACUCGACGGAUUUGUCUUCGAGCAAGGUGAAACUAUUGGCUAUCAAAGAAUAUUGGAAACUUUCAAGUGGGCCUACUCUUUCCGAACUAAAAUGGGCGAUCCUGCUUUUGUCCCUGAAGCCAAUGAAUUAUCAGCGAAUCUCACUAACAAGCAAUAUGCAGAAUCCAUUCGCCGUUUAAUCAGUGACACUAAGACCAGUAAUGAUCCGGAUUAUUAUUUAGGAAAUACUGAAGGUACUGUAGAUCAUGGAACUUAUCAUGGAUGUGUUUAUGCUCCCGAUGGCUCAGCCGUUUCUGUAACGUCCACUGUUAAUGGAUUAUUUGGAGCAUUCUUUCGUUCGGAAUCAACUGGAAUUAUCUUUAAUAAUGAAAUGGACGAUUUUUCAGCUCCAAAUAUCACUAAUAUCUUUGGUGUUCGUCCUUCUCCGGCGAAUUACAUACGACCGGGAAAGAGACCACUUAGUUCAACGGCACCAACGAUUAUGAUUGAUGAGAAUAAUCAAGUUCGAUUAUUGGUUGGAGGUGUUGGUGGUAUAAAAAUUACCACUGGGGUGGCACUUACAUCAGCAUUACAUUUGUGGGCAGGAUAUAGCAUUAAAGAGGCUAUAGACGCCAACAGAAUGCAUCAUCAGUUCUUGCCAAUGUCGGUUCAAAUUGAAAAUAAUUUUCCACUGCCAAUAAAGAAAUAUUUAUCCAACGUUGGACACAAUAUCACCGAUUUUGCAGGAUAUCCGAAUUUAAUUUUUGGCAUAUCACAGAAAAAUGGUGAAAUUUCGGCGUAUUCAGAUUACCGUCAAGAUUGUCGCAAUGCCGGUUAUUGAAAAUCGACAAACGGGGAUAUUUUUUCAACGAUAAGGUAAAAAUAAAAUUUUGGAAAAAUGUUAUGCAUGCUGCAUGCGAAAUUAGAUAAUUUUUAAAAAUUAGAAAAUAUUCAGAUAAUAUUUAUUUAUGUAAAUGGGUAAAUGGACUACAAAUUUGCCCUUUUGUACACAAAAUACUAAACGGAUUUCUCUAUUACGGGAAAUUGAGAGUGUGAUCUAAUCAAAUAUUAGUUAGAUAUUAAAUUAAUUAAAGGAAAUAGUAAAUUAAUUGAAAAAAAGAA